ACUAUGGCUGAGAGCAACCACUCAGCAGUGUCUGAAUUCAUCCUCCUGGGACUCACAGAUAGUCCAGAGCUUCAGGCCAUUCUCUUCGGUGUAUUCCUAGUUGUCUACUUAGUCAGCAUCACGACUAAUCUGGGCUUGAUUGCUCUAAUCCAAGUCAGUCCCCAGCUGCACACCCCCAUGUACUUCUUCCUCAGCCAUCUGGCUUUUAUUGACUUUUGCUUUACCUCCGCUGUCACCCCAAACACGCUCCUGAAUUUUUGGCGUGAUGUGAAAAGUAUAAAUUUUUUUGCCUGUGCGACUCAGGUGUGCUGCUUCAUCACAUUUGUGGUGUGUGAAGUAUUUGUGCUUUCGAUCAUGGCCUAUGACCGCUACGUUGCCAUCUGCAACCCGCUCCUGUAUGUCAUCCUCAUGCCUAGGAAGCUGUGUGUUCAAAUGAUUGCGGGCACGUACAUCUAUGGGUUCACUGUGGGUUUCAUUCAGACUGUGGCCACAUUUCGCUUGUCAUUUUGUGGCUCCAGAGUGGUCAACCACUUCUACUGUGAUGAUGUUCCACUCAUUGCUCUGGCUUGUUCUGACACUCAUGUCAAAGAGCUGAUGCUGCUCAUCAUUGCAGGGUUCAACUUCCUCUUCUCUCUGGCGAUCGUGGUCAUCUCCUACGCCUUCAUCCUCUUUGCCAUCCUGAGGAUUCAUUCUGCUGAGGGAAGACAGAAAGCGUUUUCUACCUGUGUGUCUCACCUGACAUCCAUCACAAUAUUUUAUGUGACCGUUAUUUUUAUGUACCUGCAGCCUAAGUCAAGCCAUUCUCUGAACAGAGAUAAAUUUGCUUCGGUGUUUUAUGUUGUAGUGAUUCCCAUGUUAAACCCAGUGAUCUACAGCUUGAGGAACCAGGAAGUAAAAAAUGCCCUGAAGAAAAUCAUUGAAAAAUUGUGCUUGGCUAUCAAAUAA